AUGUUUAGAAGAAAGUUAUCAACAACUACGUCUCGUUUGACAUCAAGUCUCAAAGCAACACUACAAAAAGAUGUCAAUUAUCAAGUGACUACAUAUGCGAGACCAAACGAUCUAUGUGUCACUAGAGGUCUAAAUGCCAAAUUAUAUGAUGAUAUCAACAACAAAGAAUACAUUGAUUUCACAGCUGGUAUUGCAGUUACUGCCCUAGGUCAUUCAAAUCCUCAGGUCUCUAAGAUCCUUGCUGAACAAAGUAAAAAAUUGAUUCAUUCCUCCAAUUUAUACUACACAGCCGAGUCCCUAGAACUGAGUGCUAAGAUCAUUGAAAAGACAAAGCAAUUCGGUGGUCAACACGACGCUUCAAGAGUAUUCUUAUGUAACUCAGGUACUGAAGCUAACGAAGCUGCUUUAAAAUUUGCCAAGAAACAUGGUAUCACCAUUAACCCAAAGAAACAAGGUCUUGUUGCUUUCCAAAACUCUUUUCAUGGUAGAACUAUGGGUGCUCUUUCUGUUACUUGGAAUGCUAAAUAUAGAACUCCCUUCGGUGAUUUGAUUCCACAUGUCUCAUUCUUGAAUUUGAAUGAUGAAUUGACUGUCUUGCAAAAUUUCAUUAGAGAAAAGAAAGACGAAUUAGCUGGGUUGAUUGUGGAGCCGGUUCAAGGUGAAGGUGGUAUUUUCCCAGUUCCUGAAGAAAAGUUAAUUGGAUUGAAACAAAUUUGUCAAGAAAAUGAUGUCAUGGUCAUUUAUGAUGAAAUUCAAUGUGGGUUGGGUAGAACUGGUAAACUGUGGGCUCAUGCGCAUUUACCAAAGGAAGCACAUCCUGAUAUCUUCACUGCUGCCAAAGCUUUAGGUAAUGGAUUCCCAAUCGCUGCUACCAUAGUUAAUGAAAAGGUGAACAAUUCUUUAAAGGUUGGUGAUCAUGGUACUACUUAUGGUGGUAACCCAUUAGGUUGUGCAGUUAGUAAAUAUGUUAUGGAUACUUUAGCUAAAGAAGAUUUCUUACAACAAGUUCAAAGAAAAGCUGACCUAUUUACUAAACGUCUAACUCAGAUCCAACGAAGAUUCCCACACCAUAUUAAAGAUGUCAGAGGUAAAGGUCUGAUGAUUGGUGCUGAGUUCGUAGAACCUCCAGCUGAAUUAGUUAAGAAAGCUAGAGAAUUAGGUCUUCUGGUUAUUACCGCUGGUAAGAGUACAGUCAGAUUUGUUCCUGCCUUGACUAUCGAAGAUGAAGUCAUUGAAGAAGGGUUGAACAUCUUUGAAAAGGCAGUUGAAUCUGUUUAUGCAUGA